AUGCCUCAUGGAGUAAUUUUAUGUCAACGAACAGCAGCUGCUGCUGGUGAUAUCGUGUUUUUGACUCAAUCAGCUACCAAUAAUGUAUCUGAAUGUUUGCGCGUUCUUCCUACGGGGGCUCUCGCAGUCAAUGCUACAGCCAACGCUGGAAUUACUUGCUUUGGUUCCGCAAACUAUGUUGAUGGUUCCUACCAGAAGGUAUUAGAUUUACAAUCAAACAAUGUGUCUCCAAUAGAUUUCUGUAUUGAAAUUAAGUCUGGAACAAACGCAACAAGUACAAAUGCUACUUGGAUGGGCAAUUUGACUAAUAAUGACUUGCGAUUCGGAGUCAAUCGUGUGAAGCAACUUGAGAUGGAGCUGAAGCAUAAAUGA